GCUUUCUUGUGGACAGUACUCAGAAACUCAUGAAAGUAAAGUUGGUAUCUUUUUGUAUUUACCUUUGAAAUAGGUAUUACUUGUUUAUAUCAUUCAUAAUUUGGGCUUGCAGUUGUGAAUUUCCUGUUCCUGAUAGAUAAAAUGGGUCAUUAGCCUGUUAUUUUUAUCAGGAGCAGCAGUCACUUUAUGUUCAUGAAUCAGCAGUUGCUUUCUGUCUUUGUUGAAAAAGCUUACUUACUGAACUACCACCAGUUACACAGCAGGAGCAUUGGUUGUGAGCUGUAGUUAUCCAGUCCCAGAGAUGACCUACUUGCAGCUUAUUGCAGUAAUACUGAUUGCAUCUGUUGUACCAAGCACUCUUGCAAAUAAUCGAGUGAAACGAAUUGUAGGUGGCAGACCGGCAGCUGUUCCACCUGAAGAUGAUCCUGUUGUGUUUGUAUACCUGAAUGAUCAUGAUGCUAAAGUAUAUGGUACCAGAGAUAAACCUGAUGGAUAUUAUAAUUUCCGUGGGAUCAGAUAUGCAGAACCACCUGUGGGAAGGUUUAGAUUUCAGCGACCAAGAAAACUACGACUGACAGGUGAUAUCAAUGCAACUACUGCAGGUCCUCCAUGUCCUCAGCCUGAUCCUCAGAACACCGGUAUUAUAGGCAGUGAGGAUUGUCUCUUUCUUAAUGUCUUCACUCCAAUGCUUCCAGAUGGAAAUGAGGGUCUUCCAGUUAUGAUGUGGAUCCAUGGUGGAGGACAUCGGCGGGGUUCGGCUUCACAGUAUGGAGUGCGUCAUCUUGUUAAUAAGAAGCUUGUUGUGGUCACUAUUCAGUACAGGCUUGGAUCUAUCGGUUUCCUCAGUGCUGAUUCAAAAGAGUUACCAGGCAAUGCUGGUUUGUUUGACAUGGCCUUGGCACUUGAGUGGAUCAAAGAUUACAUCAGAUUUUUUGGUGGGACUCCAAACAAAGUCACUGUUUUUGGGCAAGGAACUGGAGCAAGCAGUGCAGUCUUACUCUCCCUCUCACAAAUUACACAAGGGCUUUUGGCCGGAGUACUAGCCAUGAGUGGAUCAGCCCUCUCAACAUUUGCUAUUGACCAUAAUCCUCUGGCAACUGGUCGUGAAUUGGCUAAACAGAAUGGCUGUCCUGAAACUCCUGUUCUUGAAAUGGUCAAAUGUCUACAAGAAGUGCCAGUUUCAACUCUCAUUCAAGCUGAUUCUGGUCUCCAGGAACUGAGAAUAGCUGCUCAAGGUGCUCUAGCAGGAAUCACAGGUCUUUUAGGACCAGCUCCCUGCAUUGAAGGGGCUAAUGAUGGGCGAUUCUUGCCAAACUUCCUACCAGAAGGUCCUUUAGAUGGAUUGCUUACUGGACAGUUUCCUAAUAUCCCACUCCUCACAGGUGUUACUAGAGAUGAAACUGCACCAGCACUCUUUGGUAAAUUUCGUAAAGAGAUUUUGAAUAAUUUCAGAACUUCCCCAAACUUUCUCAACAAGUUUUUGAGUGGAAUUGUUUCUAAAUCAGAGGUAAUUGGGCAGAUAUUCAAUAGGACUGAUGAACUUGUACAAAAUGUUGCAGCCAAAUAUUUCCCAUUCCUUAAAGGAGAUCCUGAUACCAUUAUAAAAAAUACUGUUGAGGUGACAGGUGAUGUUUUGUUCAAUCUCCCAGCAUUCCAUAUGGCCAAACUGUGGUCUAAACAUGUUGGAAAAACAUUCUUCUAUAGCUUUGAACAAACAAUGAAGCAGAAUAAACAUGGAGGCAAGGAAUUUCUUCCUGGAUUACCAUUAGUGGAAAAUGAUGGUAUGGAAGGUGGAGUUGGUCAUGGAGAUGAUCUGCCAUUCAUUUUUGAUCCUGAACCCUUAGAUGGUAACACUUCAUUUAGUGGUUUGUCAUUGACAGAUCAUAAUGAUCAAAAAGUUCUGGCUAUAGUUUCAAACUUUAUAGCAGAAUUUGCUCGCACUGGGGAGCCAAAGAUAUUAGACAGUGGUGGAGAAUCUCAUUGGCCUCCUUUUUCAGAAGAGAAGAAUAAUUUCGUUACAAUUACAAGUAAACCAAGAUCCAAUGUAAACUUUCGUUUUUGCCAGAUGGCAUUAUGGAGUGGCAUUAUUUCACGACUUCAGUCUGCAACAUGUGAAGCACUGUGGGGUAUCACAAAAUUCAGUGAAGAUGCACUAGCAGUUGUUGACCAGGCAUUACAGAAAGGAGAGAAAAGCAGUGCAGUUGUCAGUACAGUGUUAAACAAGACAUUGCAAUUUGAAAAUGGUCAGGUUGGUAAUGGAGCAUUACUGAAUAUAUUUGGAAAUAAAACAUUGCUUCCUCAAACAGACAGUAAAGUUGGAAAUGCAGCAAUUAUAAAUAAAGUAAAUACAUCAUUUUUCCCAUUCCCAAAUGUUCCUAGAUCACCAAUUGGAUGAUGGCAAUCUAUAUUAAUAUAUACCCUCUGAGGAUUUCACAUUUGUUCUUGGGUCUUUUCAUAUGUAUGUUUAUAACUAGACCUAUUUCCUAAUCUGUUGUUGGUGUUUGUACUUCUGUAUAUUAGUAAAUAAUUUCAGGACACUUUUUAAUGAAACAUGAAUAAUGGUACAGAUAAACUGCAUUUUCCUAUUUUUAA